AUGGAAGGCAAGAGCAUGGCAGUCUAUGGAGAUUUAUACAAGUUCGCUAACACUUGGGGAUAUUCUCCAUUGCCAAGUCCUCCCUGCCAGAGUACUGUUCCGGCAGUACAAGCUUGCGUCGAGGGCGUUGGUGAAGGCAAUCUCGGUGGUAUCUGUUCUUAUUCUUGUGGGUACGGUGUUUGUCCCCCUUUGGCAUGCAAAUGUUUGGUUAGAGGACCUCAGGUGGCUGCUACACCGAAGACUUCAGGACCUGGGUACGCUCUCCCAGGACUGGACACCAACUUGUACGCGGAACUUUGCGAUUUCACAUGCAGUCGGGGAUACUGCCCUCCAGGAGCGUGUACCCAGACAAACGCUACCGUGGUCUACGUGGAUCCUAUUGUCUGGAACCCCUCGUUUGGCAGCCCGGUCUAUGGCCCUGUCCCAGCCGUCUUGGUGCUUCCCCCUUCCACCUUGCCUUCACCUACCACGAUCAAAUUUCCACUUUUUGUCACAAGCCUUGAGGUAGGAUGGGUAUCAAAUGGCAAAUUUACAGGGACAACGACCACGACAACGCUCUCGAUUCCGGACGUGGUUGUCAGCGUCAUUUCGUUCUGGAAUGUUGUCGUGACUGAAUCUAGACCCGGCUCGGUCUUGUACCCAACGACAAGUAUUCGCCACCUCCAAUCAUCAUCACAAAUGUCUAUCCACCAGGUAUCACCGCACCUCCAGUUACAAGGACUAUCCAUCCACCCCCGUACCCAUGGUCUGCCGGGUCAGCUCCGUCUCCUGGUCAAAGCGGCGGAUAUUUGGGCUAUUUCAGUGUUAAUGGAGGGCGCAUUACAGUCUUGUCUCAAACAUACACAACAUCAAUCCCCGGUGGUAAGAGUAUUACAGUGGGACAAUCCAAGUCUACUGAUUUCUGGUUCAUCUACGGCGGACGCACUUAUCCUGUACCGACUUCCACCCAGAUGA